AUGGAACAGCCUCCGGGUUUUGUUGAUUCUCUGUUUCCAAAUCAUGUGUGCAAAUUAUCCAAAGCUCUCUAUGGACUGAAACAGGCCCCUAGAGCUUGGUUUCAUCGGCUUAGCACGUUUCUUGUUUCAUAUGGGUUCUUGUGCAGUCGUGCCAACACGUCUCUCUUUGUGUACACCAACAACUCAAACAUUAUUUACUUAUUGUUGUAUGUUGAUGAUUUGAUUUUAACAGGAAACAAUGAGACUAUGCUCCCUUCCUUUACUACUCGACUACAUCAUGAGUUUGCGAUCAAAGACCUUGGCGAGUUGAAUUAUUUCCUGGGUCUGGAAGUGAAUCAUACUGAAGAUGGCUUGUUUCUCAGCCAAACCAAGUAUGCAAAAGACGUUUUAAGCCGGGCUGACCUGCUUGACUCCAAGCCAGUCUUCACUCCUUUGGCAGUUAACGAGUUAUUUACAUCAGAUGGACCUCCUUUUAAGGACCCUACACUCUAUCGAUCACUAGUAGGUGCACUUCAAUAUCUCACUAUAACCAGACCUGAUCUUUCUUAUGCGGUAAAUCGAGCUAGUCAAUUCUUGCAUGCUCCAACAACUGCACAUUUUCAAUCAGUCAAGCGAAUUUUACGUUAUCUCAAGGGCACCAUUGCCUUUGGUUUAACAUUUAAACGCCCAGUCUCAAAUUCUAUUCUUGGAUACUCCGAUGCUGACUGGUCCAGAUGUAUUGAAACCCUUCGUUCCACUUAUGGCUAUUCGAUAUUUCUUGGAAGAAAUUUGGUUUCAUGGAGUGCAAAGAAGCAACCUACUAUCUCACGCUCUAGCUGUGAGUCCGAGUACCGAGCAAUGGCAAAUACAGCUGCAGAGAUUGUCUGGAUCACUCACUUACUACGUGAGCUUCAUGCCUUACCACCUGAUUGGCCCACACUAUUGUGUGAUAACAAAAGUGCCUUGUUUAUGUCCCAGAACCCAGUUUCACAUAAGCGUGCAAAGCAUAUUGAUCUUGACUAUCACUUUAUUCGUGAACUUGUGGCUUCUGGGAAACUAUACACGAAGUUCAUUCCAACCAAGCUUCAAGUGGUGGACAUAUUCACCAAGAGCUUACCACGUCCUUAG